AUGGUUAGCAUCAGGACGGAGCGGAUUUGUCAUGGAGUAGACGCAGAUUGUAUUUUCGCUGAAUUUAUUGUUUACAAUAUAAAUAAUAAAUACAUAAGAGAGGAGUCCGGUUACCUUGGUCUCGGGAAGCUGCGACAGAAGAUCCUCAUCGUGGAGCCCAACAUCAACGUGGAGCUUUGCCCUGGAGAUGGCUGGAGGGGAGGAGGGGUGGCCCGGUCCCCGUCACAUGAGUCCGUCACCACAGAGCUGAGUUUGUUCAGUGUGUCCUCGGCCGCUAGUGAUGCUAAAGUUCUGAGACUACUCGCUUGCAGGGCGGGCCAGGGUCCGGAUCCGUCUCUGAGGGUAGCCAGCCCCAACCCUGAUGGGAAGCCUUUCAAAUGUGGCUCGGGUCCCCUGCCCCAGUCUGACGCCAGUCGCGAACUGUUAGCUGGUUGCGCGGCGCUGUGUGCUCAGUUAGGGCUCCGACGGUCAUUCAGCGCGGAUGACGCGGGCGCCGCGCUGGGCGGAGGCCGCCCGGUCCGGGGCGCCACGUCGGAGCUGGGUCUGUCCGCGGCGCUGGAGGCUCUCACCAUGAGCGCCGCGUCCCGCUCCUGCAGCACGUGGGUAGCAGUGGGAGGCUCGCAGCUUCCUUCCCCGCAGCGAGCCCCGCCCGCCCCGCCCGGCCCGCCCAGGGUCCACGCUGAUAAUAAAAAGGUCCGACAGAACUACAUAAAGCGCCGCCUGCUGACGACGUACAGAGCCCUGGAACGCCUCUCGCAGUCAGAGUUCAACCUGGACAAGCUGGAGGUGGCGGCCGGCGCCGGGGGCGUGACGCUCGCCGUGCCCACCACCAGCGCCCCGGAGGCAGCUCAGUUGGCGCUGACCGCGUCGGAGCUGGAGCGGGAGCGAGGCCGGCCGCUGUCCAAGUACGAGCGCAACAUGAUGAUCUUCAACUGGCUGCACACCCUGGACGACGCCGCGCCCUUCUAGAGCGGAGCGCCCUGUACAUAUCACCAGCCCCGGUGGACGAGAUGCUCCCGCCGCGACUCGGCCCCCGCCCCGGCCGCACUCGAUCACUAAUGUUAAAGUUCCUAUUGCUCUUACAACGCGCCCCUCGAGUGAGACGAGCGGCUGUAAGGAGCGAGACGUCACUCAUAAUAAAUGUUACAACACA